GCCACGAUUUAAUGCCUUAACCUUUUCCAUAUUUUUUUCGUUACCUUUCAGUCAGUCAAUAGUUUUGUUCUCAUUUUUUAGUCAUCCUUUAUAAAUUCAAAAUUUAUUUGUACAAACUUUAGCCCAGUUCGCCAUGUAUACCGAAAUGUGUCUCUCUGAUGUCCUGUGCUACUUGGUGCACAUGUACAUGCAAAUACGCUUACCCACCUGCAGAACAUACUCCCUCUGGAAGUUCCCGCCUAAUUUCGAUGCGAUCAAUGAGAGAGCAGGCACUUUGUUUUGGUUCUCCGAGAAGAUGUUCCCCCUUAUGUUCUACUAUGCUAUAGCCCUUAGUUUCAUUGGAACGGCUCACAAUUGUCUAGAAUUCAUAAGCAUUUUCCUCAAGAAGCCGCAUCCGAAGAAGACGUAUCGGCUAUGGAAGGUAAAGAAUUUCAAAGACAAGCAAUUGCGCCGCUUUCGUAUCAUCGGAAGCAUUUUAAUGUUAACGGCGUGGACAUUACUGCUAUACGCCUUGGCAACUCUUAAGCCGGAUUACAUUGCUCCUUGGUUAACGAUUUAUGCCGCCACUACAUCUAUCGAUAUGUUAUUGGUGGUGAUAGAUGCCUCAGUGAACAUGACUACAGACGAUAGCUUCUUGUUCAAGAUUUUGAUCUCGUCUAUCAACUUUUACUGUAUCCUUUCGGUGCGGUCGACUCUCAAGCAACUGAUCGAAUUUUACGGUUAUCAGGAUGUUGUUUGGUGGACAAAGGAAAAAUUUGCACCCUAAAUUGUGAAAAUAAGUGAAAAUUUUAAAUUUUACGUCAUACUGUAUUUUUUGCAUAUUAGCAAAAUUUAAUAAAAAAAUAAUUCUUAAACAAAAAAAGCGCCAUCUGGAUGUCGUGCCGAGUACUGGCAAUUGACCAACAGCUUUAUGGAUCACACUUUAUCCUAAGGAACAACCUACUUACACUUAGAGGGACUUAAUAAAUAAAUCUAUUUGAAAUUGGGAUUAAAAGCAUACUCAAAUGGCU